GGAGGCGGCAGCGGCGCAGCGGGCAUCUGGUGCAGCCGGGACGGAUGGAGACGGCAGGAGGGGCCGCCCCCCCGGAGCUGACCCAGGAAGCCCCCAAACUGGAGGGGCAGACCCCCAUCACCCUCUCCAUGCAUGGGCUGGCAGAAGAGCCCCAAAGCUGUCCGGUGGAGGAGGAAGGAGGGACCCCAAUCCCCACCUCAGGGCUGCUGCAGGUUGCCGAGCGCCGGCAACCCCUGAGCAGCGUUUCGUCUCUCGAGGUGCAUUUCGACCUGCUGGACCUCACGGAGCUGACAGACAUGUCUGACCAAGAGCUGGCAGAGGUCUUUGCCGAUUCCGAUGAGGAGAAUGUAGCCAGAGAACCCACUGCUGGACUGCAUCCCCACUCGACCCCCAGAGCUGGCUACCUCCGCUCGCCCUCCUGGACGAGGACAAAAGCUGAACCGGGGCAUGAGAAGAAGCACCUCAGCGAUCCUGAGCUCCAAGCAGACCCUUUCCUGGCUGUAGAAAAGCCAAAGGAGGAGUAGGGGGGGGGGGGGCAGGAGCCCCUCCCAGGAGCCAACCUUCACUCUUGCACUGUCAUUUGGAAUUCCUCCUACGGGACGUUGGCAAACUGCGCCUUGUGCCAAGAGCCCCCCCUCCUCCUUGCCCACCAUUUAAUUUGCCAACCUCCUUUCAGGCCCCAGCCCCCCCCCCCCCCCCCCCGGCUGGGCUGCCUAU